UCUGUUUUUUUCUUACGUUGAAAAAGAUUGAAACGAACGUGUAUUCAUGCUUGAUUGUUUAAGAACAAACGUUUUCCUAUCAUCCGGCUAAUUUCUUUCGAACAUACGUAGAAAAUGAAUCUAAAUGAAUUAAGAAUGUCCAUCGCAUGGUUGUUAUUGAUUACCAUUGCAUGUUUUAUUGGUAUCAGCAAUGGGGUUGCUGUUAUGAGUAUUGACAUUGGCAGUGAGUCGAUGAAAGUUGCCAUUGUUUCGCCUGGUGUUCCCAUGGAAAUAGCUCUUAAUAAGGAGUCAAAGAGGAAAACACCAGUUACAAUUGCUUUCCGAAAUGGUGAAAGAAGUUUUGGGGAAGAUGCUCAAGUAGUAGGAAUUAAAUCACCUCAGAGUAGUUUUUCUUACAUACUAGAUCUUCUAGGAAAAUCAAUAGAUAAUCCUAUGGUACAACUUUUUAAGAAAAGAUUUCCAUACUAUGAUAUAAUUGCCGAUGAAGAACCAAAUACAAUUGCAUUUAAACUUAAUGAAAAUGUUACUUACACACCAGAGGAAUUACUUGCACAAAUUUUACAUAAGGGAAAGGAAUUUGCAGAGAAUUCAGCUGGUCAGAAGAUUAGUGAAGCAGUGAUAACUGUACCAGGAUUUUUCAAUCAGGUUGAAAGAAGAGCUCUUAUGCAAGCUGCAGAUCUUGUAGGAAUCAAAGUACUGCAACUAAUUAAUGAUUAUACUGCUGUCGCAUUGAACUAUGGAAUUUUUAGAAGCAAAGAAAUAAAUGACACUGCUCACCAUGUUAUGUUUUAUGAUAUGGGAGCAAGUAGUACAACUGCAACAGUCGUUAGUUAUCAAAAUGUAAAGACAAAGGAGAAAGGAUUUGUUGAAACUAAUCCACAUGUUACUGUUUUGGGUGUUGGUUAUGAUCGUACUUUGGGAGGACUAGAAGUGCAAAUUAGAUUGCAACAUCAUCUGGCAAAAGAAUUUGAUGCCUUAAAUAAAACAUCAAAUACUGUAUUUAGUAAUCCAAGAGCUAUGGCGAAGCUUUUUAAAGAGGCUGGUCGUGUUAAGAAUGUGUUGAGUGCAAAUACAGAUCACUAUGCUCAGAUUGAAGGAUUGAUAGAUGAACAUGACUUCAGGCUGCAAGUCAGUAGAGAAAAAUUAGAACAACUCUGUUCUGAUGUAUUUGAACGAGUUGCAGACCCAAUUAAAAUGGCUUUGAAGACAUCAGGUUUAACAAUGGAUACUAUAUCUCAAGUAGUGUUAGUAGGAGCUGGUACUAGAAUGCCAAAAAUACAAGAACACUUAAGUCAGUAUUUAACUGUAGAACUGUCUAAAAAUAUCAAUACUGAUGAGGCAGCUGCAUUGGGUGCAGUGUAUAAAGCUGCAGAUCUUGGUAAAGGCUUCAAAGUAAAGAAGUUUGUUACUAAGGAUGCAGUUCUUUUCCCUAUACAAAUAGUUUUUGAUAGAACUGUUGAUAACAAAGUGAAACAAAUUAAAAAGUCGCUGUUCAGUAAAAUGAAUCCUUAUCCACAAAAGAAAAUCAUUACAUUUAACAAGUAUACAGAAAAUUUCCAAUUCCAUGUUAAUUAUGCUGAAUUAGAUUAUUUACCUCCUCAUGAAGUAGCUGCUAUUGGCAACUUAAAUCUAUCGACCAUAACUUUGUCUGGUAUAACUGAAGCUUUAGAUAAACACGUCAAAGAAGGAGCGGAAAGUAAAGGGAUUAAAGCACAUUUUGCUAUGGAUGAAAGUGGCAUACUUAAUUUGGUGAAUGUAGAAUUAGUAUCAGAAAAAACAAGCUCAGCUCCUGAUGAAGAAGAGGGUACUUUCUCAAUACUUGGCUCAACUAUUAGUAAACUUUUUGCAGGCUCAGAAGAUAAAGACAAAGAAGGAAAGGCAGAAGAAUCAAUGAAGGAAGAUGUAAAACCUGUUCAUGAGGAAACAGAAUACCCUGAAUUACAGAAGGAGGCCGAAGAUCAAACGAAGAAAAAGAAUGAAUCUACAGUUACAGAGGAUAAAGCGACGAACAAAACAGAAAAAGCGGAGAAAGAGAAGAAGUCUACCAUUGUAACAAUUAAGGAACCCAUUAAAGCCGAGGAAGUAAAAUUAGGAUCUCAAAUUCUUUCUGGUGAUAAACUGACCGAAUCUCGUGAAAAAUUACACCGCCUAGAUGUCUAUGAUUUCGAGAAAACAAAACGCGAAACAGCUUUGAACAACUUAGAAACGUUCAUAAUUGAUGCACAACAAAGAUUAGAAUCUGAGGAAUACGCGGUUGCCACCACUUCUCAAGAAGCAGAAAAUAUAUUGAAAGCAUGUUCGGAAAUUUCUGACUGGUUAUAUGAAGAUGGAUUUACCGCGUCUGCGGAAGUGUUUGAAGAAAAAUUAACGGAACUACAAAAGUUAACUAAGGACGUGUAUGAGCGUGUGUAUGAACAUAAAGAACGACCAGAAGUAUUAAAGGGCAUGACAUCAAUGUUAAAUGCAAGCACAACGUUUUUAAACAAUAUGCGUAACUUGAGUCUAACGAGUGAUAUCUUCACUCAGGUUGAGAUUGAGAUGUUAGAAAAUGUGAUCAACGAAACUCAGAAAUAUUAUAACAAUGUUAUUAAAUCUUUUGAUGAGACGGCUCUACAUGAACUCGUGAAGUACAAAGUUCGCGACAUUGCAAAUACAAUGGCGUUGCUCGACAGGGAAAUGAAAUAUCUUAUUAAUAAGGCAAAGAUUUGGAGACCAAAGCAAGACAUUGCGACGAAUCAGACAGAAAGCACAAAUGAGAACGCGACAGAUACGAAAGAAGAAUCAGAAGCCGAAUCUAUUCCUAAACCCACGACUGAUCCUGAAAACGAAAAACCAAUAGAGUCAGAAGCUUCAGAAAACUCGUCGCCGGAAAAUGAAGAGGCUCAGUCGAGUCACGCAAGUGCCCAGGAAGGGGUACAUCAAGAACUUUAAGAAAAAGAAUUUAUUUAAAAGUGUGUGAUCUUUUAUUAUUGGCCGAUCCUGCUCGGUUAAUAAAUUAGGCAAUUUAAUUAUGUUGUAGGACAAGUUUAAAAGAUGCAUUUAAAGAAACCUAAAUCAAAUUCACGAAAUUGUGUUAUUAUGGCUGGAUGAAUUAUUUUGAUUGUAAGAAAACAGUUCAUUAAUUCUUCAGAUAAAAACACAAUAGAAUGAAUAUUUCGGAAAGAAAAUCCGACCUUACUGUUUGUAAAAGGUUCUUUGUUUUUUUUAAGUGCCAAGUAGUUACUGUCUGUCUCAAGAUUAUGUAUGAACAUCGUUCGAUAACUGCAGAAAAUAUUUAAAAUAUAAUUACGCCACAAUCAAACAGCAAGUUUUUUACAGUCAAGCAAAUUUCUUAUUAAAGUCAUUAUUUACAAAUGACAAAAUGUGCUACUUGGUCGAAUUUCAUCUAUUGUGGAUAUAAUAUUUAAUUGUGAUACUUCUUGAUACCAUAUUCUUAGAUAUAUUGUAUGCUGUAGCUUAAAACUGAUUUUUUUACAAACACCUACAUCGAGCAUUAUAGUUAAACACGGGCUACGAAUGUCUGGGAAUGUCUUUGUCAAUAACAAUCUAAUGUUUUACUCUGUAUUAAUUUUUACAUUCCUAAUUAAUUAAUCCUCGCUACAAGACGCCUAACUUCUGUAUAUUGCACGUAUACUCCAUUGUACAAAUAAUGAAAUUCAUUUUAGAGUACAAUGAAUACCUAUGUACUGAAUUCUGUAAACGUUUAAUAUAGACAAUUUGUUAUACAGACGGUAUUAAGCGAGGUGAACCGAUGUCUGUUCAUAUCAUUUGGGAAUUCGGUAAUUGAUUCGAAUCAUUCCAAUGAAUACCGAUGUAAUUUAAAGCCCUCGAUUAUGUUAUUUAUUACAUUUCGGUGAAUAAAGCAGUGUGUAAGAUAUUGAUGAAGCUAAUGCUGAACAAACAAAUGCAAUGUUUUCGAAUUUAAUAAUUGCAAGGAACACAUAGACACCUUAUCUUGUGAAAGAGUCUUCCCAUAACUAAAUAGACACAGUUUCAAGCUGUUGAAAUAAAUUAAUUU